AUGCCCAAUUCAAAAGGCAUGAAUCAAUCAAGCCGCGCUGUGGUGCAGUGCGAGGUGAGACAGGAGUUCUUUGACAUUGCCCGGCGCAGCAACGCUGUCCGCCCUCGCUGGUUACGCGGCAAGGACACCGCAUUGAAUUCCCAAGUGUACUUCAUCGGUAAAGCGGUGAAGCCCAAGGGCUGGGUGCAGUUGCUGAACCUCCUUGCCACCCUGCCGGACACCGAGGCUUGGUCCGACUUUCAGUUGGAUGCCUUUGGCUCCGGUCCAGAUGCCAAGGAGAUCUUGGAGAUGGUAGAGAAGAUGAACAACAAGUGCGGGCGGCAGAUCAUGACAAUGUCCGCCGGACGCAAUCAUUCGGAGAAGGAGUUCGAGCAGUACAAGGUGCUAGUGAAUGCUUCGACAACCGAGAUGCUGUGUACUGUCACUGCAGAAGCUCUUGCCAUGGGAAAACGGGUGGUUCUCCCAGAUCAUCCAUCCAACGCAUACUUCAAGGCAAAUUUCGAUGAGAGAUGUCAUUUUUUCAAGUUACAGGAUUCAGAGUCCUUCCACAACGCCUUGAAGGAAGCACUAGAGCAAGAAGGUCCAGUGCCCUUGCCAGCUGAAGCAGAGGCCCGCUUGAGCUGGGAAUCUGCGCUGGAGCGCUUUUAUGAUGCAGCCCAGGUUCAUGUGCUUUCUGGAAGACUUGAAAGGCCAUCAGAGGCUCGCGGGGCGAAGAUCGCCUUUGAGCUUCACAGCAGAUUCCAGACGGACACACCGGCCUUCUCCAAACUCCUGAAGAGUGCGACUUUGAACCAAGAAAUGGAGUUCAAGGCACCCUGGUCGGAGGGAACCACCAAAGAGCUCAUGCAGAAACUCGGGGUCUUUGCGGCCCUGCAGCAAAAGGAAGACUUCGACGUGGUAUCUCAAGACCCUCGAGCAGAUAGAGAGCUGGAAAGUCAAUCCUCAGGUCCCAUCCCCAUGAGCCGCAAACGAGGCCAGUGA